CAACGAUCACCAUGACUGUUUGUCCCACGUAGGACCUUUUAGUAAGGCUAUUUUCUGUUCAGGGUAGGCAGUAAACCUAGACACUUGCCGUAGAUGGCUACCAGGCUGCAGAGCAGAAAUUUCUUCUGAAAUAUGCAGCAACACUCUUGGUACAGUAGGCAUGACACACAGCGGAGCAUGUAUUUUUCUGCACAGGUAAGGAAUGUGCCACAGUUUUCUGUGUUUACAUAAGCACAUACACAUGUACACAUAUAUACUGAACCUAUAUUUGGAGAUCUGUGGAGACCUUCAUAUCAGUGUGACAUGUCAGCAAAAGCCCUACACUUUUCCUUACCUUCUCUUAAAUUUUACAAAAUUUGUGUGGUAGGUGUAAAAGAAAUCAUAGUGAACUGUACCAUAUUAUUAACCCCUAAAUCAAACUUUUUUUGUCUUGUGUAUCUUGAUUUUUCUGUGUGCUUUAUAGUGAAGCAGCCGACACGAGUCGUUGUUCAUAAAACAGCUUUUGAAAGUUGAGAGCACACCCCUGGAGAACCGACUGUGCUUGCUUACGUUUGGUUCAUGACUUAAAAAUCGAGUACAGGAGUUAUUCCUGAUGAAACUAAGGCUUUGUCUCUCCUGGCACCAGCUAAUGCUGUGGCAGGCCUACUGCCGGGGGGUGGACUCCUGCCUACGCCCAACCCGCUUUCUCAGAUUGGUGCUGUUCCUUUGGCUGCUUUAGGAGCUCCAACUCUUGACCCAACCCUGGCUGCUCUGGGGCUUCCUGGGGCAAAUUUAAAUUCUCAGUCUCUGGCGGCAGAUCAACUGCUAAAGCUUAUGACCACAGUGGAUCCAAAGCUGAACCAUGUAGCUGCAGGCCUCGUUUCACCAAGUCUGAAAUCGGAUACCUCCAGUAAAGAAAUAGAAGAAGCCAUGAAACGCGUACGAGAAGCACAGUCCCUGAUUUCUGCUGCCAUAGAACCAGAUAAAAAAGAUGAUAAGAGAAGGCAUUCAAGAUCCAGAUCACAUUCCAGGAGGAGGAGAACUCCUUCUUCUUCCAGGCACAGACGGUCAAGAAGCAGAUCAAGGCGACGAUCUCAUUCAAAGUCAAGAAGCAGGAGACGAUCUAAAAGUCCUAGGCGGAGGAGAUCUCAUUCUCGAGAGCGUGGUAGAAGGUCUAGGAGCACAUCAAAAUCCAGAGACAAAAAGAAAGAAGAGAAAGAAAAGAAGAGAUCUAAAACUCCACCAAAGAGUUACAGCACAGCCAGAAGGUCUAGAAGCACAAGCAGGUUGCCGUGUCUUCUAGAGAGACGACGCAGGAGAAGCAGGAGUGUUUCCAAAUCGCCUAAAAAGCCUAGAUCUCCUAAGAGAAAGAUGUCAAGAUCCCCUUCACCAAAAAGACACAAAAAGGAAAAGAAAAAGGAUAAAGACAAAGAGAGAAGUAGGGAGGAACGUGAAAGGUCAACAAGCAAGAAAAAGAAGAGCAAAGACAAAGAGAAGGAUCGAGAGAGAAAAUCUGAGAGCGACAAAGAUGUCAAACAGGUCACAAGAGAUUAUGAUGAAGAAGAACAAGGCUACGAUAGUGAAAAAGAGAAGAAGGAAGAAAAAGCAGCAGAUUCCACUUCUCCCAAACUUAGAGAAUCCCCAGCUGAAAAAGGGAGUGGAGAUGCACCAAGAGAGUCCAAAGUCAAUGGGGAUGAUCAUCAUGAAGAAGAUAUGGAUAUGAGUGACUGAAUAUUGCCUUUGCAGUUAAAAACAGCUGCUAACAUGCAUCAGUGUCAUUCCUGUGUGAUUCCUUUAUGCUGUACUUGUUUAACCUUUUAAUCUAGAUGUACACAGCUGUAACUAUAACUGGUUGUAAAGCUCCUGAUAUUAAAUAAUUACAUCAAAAACUUUAGAGAAAAUGAUGUCUGGGUUUCCAUUCUUGUCAUUUGCCCAAUUGAACUGAGUAGCCCAGUGGUUCUUAUUUACUUGGUGCUGCUUUUUUUUCUUUUUCUUUUUGAGCAAAACUGCAUGCAUCUUUGGCAGGCAUGGACUGUUUGUGUUGUAUGAUCUUUUUAGUAAACCAGCUCACCCACAAUAGUGUUUCUAGAGUUUGAUUCAUUUGCGGUAAUAGGGAAUGCACUGGCUGCAUGUUAACUGUGGCAAGAAACAUCUUCAUCAACAAGUUUUAUGGUGGAUCUGAUAAGGGUCUUAAGUGUAGACACAGAACUAACAUUAGCUUCAUCUGGAAACAAACAUUCUGAUAGAGGUAGAUAACCCUUUUUAGCCCUACGGCUAAUAUUUUUGUUGAUCUUGUUUGGCUUUGGCAAGGUUGAAAUGCACUAACCUUUUUUAUGCUUAAUUUAAGGUGAAGUUUUAUCUUAAAUCCUCAGGUGGUGUUUUUGUGUUCAGCUUUUGACAACUUGGAUUUUCGAAGGUAGUAAUGCAAAACUUGUGCGUUUCCUCAAGGGCCACAGGAUGAGAGAUUUAACCUUGUGUAGUGUUCAUAACCCCUGUUCUGUUUCAUUUUUUUUGUGUGUAAAAACACUGCAAAAAAAGGUAGUGCAUUUUAAAAAUUGAACGUCAUGAUGAUUUUUAAAACAAGUCUACUUGAUAAUGUACUUGAUCUCAAGUUGUAUAAACUAAUUUGUGUUACAGUCACUGAAGUAGUAACCUUAUGCACACAGUGAUUUCAUGUUAUAUGCAAAGUAGUUAGACAACCUGUUCUUUUAGUUCUGAAAGUUUUUGGAGCAUUUACUUUUGUGCAGGUGAAAACAAAAGUAGGCUACAGUCUGUGCCAUGUUGAUGUACAGUUUCUGAAAUUGUUUUACAAGACUUUGAUAAUAAAACUCUUAAACAU